AUGAAGGCGUUCUUGCCACGAAUUGUGCCCACUGUCAUAAAGCCACCACCGUGUUUAAGUCGUCGGUAUUCAAAAUGGUCAUCCAUUCAGAAAAGGCCAUUCCACCAACGUCGACAAGCGACCAAUUCCUCCAUCAACGGCUCUCGGGCAAGGUUCGAGGUUGUCGAUCAUCAAUAUGAUGCUGUCAUAGUUGGUGCCGGGGGUGCCGGUCUGCGAGCUGCGGUUGGGCUUGCAGAGUCGGGACUCGACACCGCUGUCGUGACCAAAUUGUUUCCCACCCGCUCCCAUACGGUGGCGGCCCAAGGUGGCAUCAAUGCUGCACUGGGAAACAUGACGGUGGAUGACUGGAGAUGGCAUAUGUACGACACCGUUAAGGGAUCCGACUGGCUUGGGGAUCAGGACGCGAUCCAUUAUAUGUGUCGGGAGGCACCAAGGGCAGUUCGCGAGCUUGAGGAAUAUGGUAUGCCUUUCAGUCGAACCGACUCUGGCCUUAUUUAUCAACGGCCUCUUGGUGGUCAAAGCCUAAAUUACGGGAAAGAGCAAGCAUACAGGACUGCCUGUGUCGCGGAUCGGACGGGCCACUCCAUGCUUCAUACCUUAUAUGGCCAGGCCCUGAGGCACAAUUGUCAAUUUCAUAUCGAGUGGUUCGCUCUGGACCUGAUUAUGGACGGUGGCAACUGCAUAGGUCUGACUGCGAUUGACAUGGAAACAGGUACCUUGCACAGGAUAUUUGCAAGAAACACCCUCCUUGCUACUGGUGGAUAUGGUCGUGCUUACUUCUCAGCUACUUCCGCUCACACCUCGACUGGAGACGGCCUUGCAAUGGCUGCGAGAGCUGGACUGCCUCUUCAAGACAUGGAAUUCAUUCAGUUUCAUCCCAGCGGAAUUUAUGGUGCUGGGGUGUUGAUAUCUGAGGGCGCCAGAGGCGAGGGGGGAUAUCUGCUUAACGGUCGAGGUGAACGUUUUAUGGAGAGAUAUGCCCCUACAGCCAAAGACCUUGCCAGCCGUGAUGUCGUAAGUAGGAGCAUGAACAUGGAAAUAAGGGAAGGCCGUGGCUGCGGUCCAGAUAAAGACCAUAUAUAUCUCCAGCUCUCCCACUUACCAAAAGAAGUUCUUAUGGAAAGACUUCCAGGAAUUGCAGAAACUGCAAGCAUUUUCUCCGGUGUUGACAUCACUCGGGAACCAAUUCCAGUGAUACCAACAGUCCAUUACUGCAUGGGUGGCAUCCCCACUAAUUGGAAAGGCCAAGUGCUUCGCGUUGAUCCGGACUCUGGCUCUGAGCAGCCGGUCGAGGGACUCUACGCCGCAGGCGAAGUGGCGUGCGUCAGUGUUCACGGCAGCAAUCGUCUUGGAGCCAACAGUCUCUUGGAUAUUGUGGUGUUCGGCCGAGCAGCAGCAGGGGACAUCGCAGAGAACAACGAAAUUGGAAUGCCGGUCUUCAGAAACGGAGGCAGCAUAACCCCUGAAAUUGGGAUCACCGGAUUUGAAGACCUCGAGAAGUUCCGAACGUCAAAUGGCACUAGACUCACGGCCGAUUUACGGAUGGAAAUGCAGAGAGCCAUGCAGACGGAUGUCGCUGUGUUCAGGAACAAAGAGAGUCUUUCAGCAGGUGCACAGCGACUCAAAGAAGUCGAGGAAGCAUUUGCAACGGAUGUUUGCGUCAAAGACAAAAGCCUGAUCUGGAACUCAGACCUUAUCGAAACGUUGGAAAUGCGCAACCUACUCACAUGCGCGGCGCAAACUACGAAGAGUGCUCUGUUGAGGAAGGAGUCUAGGGGAAGCCAUGCGCGGGAAGAUUUCUCAGAUCGAAAUGAUAAGGAGUUCAUGAAGCACAGCCUGAGUUGGCAGCAGGACGUCGGCAAGGACAUCCAGAUAGGAUACCGAGCAGUGACUAUGCAUACGCUGGAUGAAGCUGAAUGCAAGACAGUCCCUCCCGUGAAAAGAUCUUACUAA